AAAGCCGAGAGAGAAAAAGCUUUUGCGAGUUCUUUACACAAACUCUUACCUCUUAUGUAACCUGAACAAAAAUCCCUCUUCUUCUUCUUCUUCUUCUUCUUCUUGUUUGUUUACUCUUCCUUCGUUACUUUGCAAAGAGGAUAAACCAUGGCUGAGGCUUUAGUAGGAGGAGCUUUUCUUUCUGCUUUCCUUAAUGUUUUGCUCGACAGGAUGGCUUCUCGCCAGGUGGUGAACUUCUUCAGUGGCCAAAAAGUCAACAAUAGGCUGCUGGAGAGGUUGGAGACAGCAAUGAGAUCUGCCAGUCGGGUGCUUGACGAUGCUGAGGAGAAGCAGAUAACAAGUACAGCUGUGUGGGAUUGGCUGGCCGAGCUUAAAGACGCUGUCUAUAAAGCCGACGACUUCUUGGAUGCGAUUGCUUAUAAAGCUCUACGACAGGAGUUGAAAGCUGAAGAUCAAACCUUCAAAUGUCAUAUGCAGAGAUUUCUUUCUUUCUUUAACCUAUGUAAAAAUGGGUUGGGAGAGAUCGGAGAAGAAUUAAAAGUCCUCUUGCAGGAUCUAGAUCGCUUAGUUGAUCGAACGGUUGCCCUUGGUCUGAUCACCCGCACUGGAAAAGAACCAUCAUCGCCUAAAACACCCAGAGAAACUUCUCUGGUGGAUGAACGUGGUGUUUAUGGUAGAGAUGAUGACAAGGAAGCAAUACUGAAGUUGCUUCUAUCAGAUGAUGCAAAUGGACAAAGCCUAGGUGUUGUUCGCAUAGUGGGCAUGGGCGGGGUUGGUAAAACCACGCUUGCUCAGAUUGUAUACAAACACAGGAGAGUAAAGGAGUGGUACGAUCUCAAAGCUUGGGUUUGUGUUUCAGAAGAUUUCAGUGUUUCAAAGUUAACCAAGGUUAUCCUUGAGGAGGUCGGUUCAAAGUCUGAUUUUGAGAGUCUGAAUCAGCUCCAGAUUCAGUUGAAGGAGAGGUUGCGGGAAAAGAAAUUUUUGCUUGUUUUAGAUGAUGUAUGGGAAGAAAAUUAUGCUGAAUGGGACAGGUUGCUUAUACCCUUGAAGUCUGGAGCACAAGGGAGUAAGAUUCUUGUUACAACACGCAAUGAAAUGGUAGCAUCAGUCAUGCCAACUGUUCGAAUUCAUCAUCUAAAAGAAUUGACGGAAGACAGCUGCUGGUCCUUGUUUGCCAAACAUGCAUUCGGUGAUGAAAAUCCCAUUGCGCAUGAAGAGUUACAAGAAAUUGGUAGAGAAAUAGCGAGAAAGUGUAAAGGCCUGCCUCUAGCUGCAAAAUCACUCGGAGGUCUGCUAUGCACAGAAAGAGAUGUCGAGGAGUGGCAGGAUACAUUGAAAAGCAAUCUAUGGGAUUUACCCAAUGACAAUAUCCUCCCAGCUUUGAGAUUAAGUUAUCAUCAUCUCCCGUCACAUCUGAAGCGAUGUUUUGCUUACUGUGCCAUAUUUCCAAAAGACUACUCAUUUCGAAAGGAUGAAUUAGUGCUCCUGUGGAUGGCAGAGGGCUUCGUAGUCCACUCUGUAGCUGAUGAGAUGGAAAAAGCAGGUGCUAAGUACUUUGAUGAUCUCUUGUCAAGGUCCUUUUUCCAGCAAUCAAGUGCCUCUCCCUCAUCAUUUGUGAUGCACGAUCUCAUGCAUGACUUGGCUACCCAUGUGUCCGGUCAAUUUUGCUUCAGCUCCAGGUUGGGGGAAAAUAAUUCUUCCAUGGCCACUAGAAGGACUCGACAUUUAUCACUCGUAGUAGAUACGGAAGACACUGAAGGUGAAGAUACCGAAGAUGAAGAUACGGGAGGUGGUUUCUUCAGCACAAAAUUAGAAAACAUCCGUGAAGCCCAACAUCUACGCACAUUCCAAACUUUUCCGCGCAAUUGGGUGUGUCCUGCCGAUUUUUAUAAUGAGAUCUUUCAUAUAUUGUCAACACACGGUCGCCUACGAGUGCUAUUCUUGAUUGGUUGCAGAGAUGCAACUAUGAUGUUUUGUUCAACUAGCAAGUUGAAGCAUUUACGGUAUUUGGAUCUUUCUUGGUCAUUUUUAGUAACGUUGCCUAAAGAAGUGAGUACUCUUUUCAAUUUGCAAACGUUGAUCUUGGAAAGUUGCGGACAACUUGCUAGUCUACCUGAUCUUGGAGAUUUGAAGCAUUUACGACAUGUGAAUCUUCAAUGUACAAGAAUCGAAAGGUUGCCUGCAUCUCUGGAAAGGUUAAUCAACUUGCGGUAUCUUAACAUCUCAGACACACCUUUGAAAGAGAUGCCACCACAUAUAGGUCAACUGACAAAGCUCCAAACGUUAACUGCCUUUAUCGUUGGAAGACAGAGUGAGUCUAGCUUUAAAGAAUUGGGAAAGCUAAGACAUCUACGGGGAGAACUUCAUAUUCGGAACCUUCAAAAUGUGGUGGAUGCUCGGGAUGCUGUUGGAGCAAAUUUGAAAGGUAGAAAACACCUUGUAAGCUUGAGGUUUACAUGGGAUGGUGACACUCAUGACCCGCAACACGUAACAAGCACACUUGAGAAAUUAGAGCCAAAUAGAAAUGUGAAGGAUCUUCAGAUUGAUGGUUAUGGAGGUGUAAGGUUUCCGGAGUGGGUAGGAGAGUCCUCUUUCUCAAAUAUAGUGUCCUUGAAGCUCAGUAGAUGUACAAACUGCACCUCCUUACCACCACUCGGGCAAUUAGCUUCUUUAGAGCAUCUCUCAAUUGAAUCAUUUGAUAAAGUUGAGACUGUAGGCUCUGAGUUCUAUGGAAAUUGUACUGCUAUGAAGAAGCCAUUUGAAUCCCUCAAAACAUUACGGUUUGAAGGGAUGCGAGAGUUGAGUGAGUGGAUUUCAGACGAAGGCAGCCGGGAAGCCUUCCCUGUUCUUGAGAUGCUUUACAUAAUAGAAUGCCCCAACCUUACAAAGGCCCUACCUGGUCACCACCUUCCACGUUUAACAACACUUACAAUUAUAGAAUGUGAGCAGCUCGCGACUCCAUUUCCUAGGUGUCCAAUAAUCAAUGAAAUUAAUUUUUUCAACACUUCUCGUUGGCUGAUCUUGAAGAAAUUACCUUCAGGGUUGCACCAUCUUGAGGUUCAUCGAUUCCACUCCCUAGAGUCCCUACUCGAGGAAAUUGAGCAAAUGGGUUGUUCACCCACUGAUUUAGGGGAAAUUAAAAUCAACGGCUGGGCUUCUCUCAAAUGCAUCUCACUGGACUUGUUCCCCAAGUUAAAUUCUCUUUCUAUCGGUAGCUGUCCAGAUCUCGAAUCACUUUGGGCACAUGAAAGACCUCUCAAUGAUCUCCCCUCUCUCCAUUCUUUGAAAAUCUGGGAGUGCCCUAAAUUAGUUCCAUUUCCCAAAAGAGGAUUACCUGCUCCAGUCUUAACACCACUUGAGUUAGCUAAUUGCAGAAAUUUGAAGCUGUUGCCUGAGAGUAUGCAUUCCUUCCUCCCAUCCCUUUCGCAUUUGGUUCCAGAAGGCUGUUUGCCCUCCAAAUUACAAUCACUUGUGAUUUGGGAUUGCAUCAAACUCAUAGCAGGCCGCAUGCAAUGGGGCUUGCAAACGCUCUCUUCUCUUACAGAAUUUACAAUUGGUAGCGACAAAAAUGUUGAAUCCUUCCCUGAAGAGAUGCUUCUGCCCUCAAGUCUUACAUCUCUUACAAUCUAUUCCCUAGAACACCUGAAAUCUCUUGACUACAAGGGGCUUCAACACCUCACCUCUCUUAGAAAAUUGAAUAUAUUUAACUGCCCUAGGCUUGAGUCCAUGCCAGAAGAGGGGUUGCCGUCCUCCCUUUCUUCUCUUGAAAUUAUCCUUUGUCCAAUGCUGGAAGAAAGUUGUGAAAGGGAGAAAGGUAAAGAUUGGCCCAAGAUUUCUCACAUUCCUCACAUAGUUAUUGAUAGCCGCGAAAUGUAAAAAAUCUGGCUAUUGAUUUUCCCAACAUCAGCGGAGCCAAGAAGGAGGAUUCAAAUCCAACUUUUCACUUACAGUUUGUGAAUGCUGUGUCACCCUUCCAUCUUGCCAGAACAAUAUGCACAAGAUAUCCCGAAGAAAUUGAUCUGCUUGCGCUCCCUCAGUACUACCAAUUGCCCAUUGCAGAGUGGAGCACCAUUGUGAACAUUUCUUUGAAUUCUUGUUGUCAGCCUUAGGAAAAAAUCAACAGAGACGCUUGAAUCUGGAAAUUCAAAGAGAAAAGCGAAGUAUUGGCAUCAUAUUAGUAAAUAUUCAGCUGGGGAAGUUUAGCUUCAGGUCUGGGCAUUUGUUUGUAUAGAGUAUUUUAUACACGUGCAGGGUAAAUGUUUGGAUUUUGUCAUUGAUGCUGGUAAUGCUUUGGCCUCCAGAAUGGUCCACUUGUACUUGGCUGAUGGAGCUGAGGGAAAGCCAAUGGCUGCAGAGUGCACACUGCAAUUUUCGCGAAAUGAAUUAGGACAGGGAGCUUUUAUUGAAAAAAAUCAGAAGAAUGUUUUUCUUUUUAUUGGAAACAUUUGUGGUUAGAACAAAGUAAUUUUCACUGGAGUGUCAUCUUGGGAUACAACAUGUACUUUACCUGCAUAUGGCAUGAGAUGAUUUUGGUUCAAA